GCUGUUGCCAAUUUCGGCCGGCGAAUUCCCCGAAAUUCGGGGAUCAAACAUCAAACGCAUGUUAUCAGAAUGAUAAGAUAAGAUUCAAACUCAACUGAGUAUUUGGCUCAGUUGGUCAGUUCCAUAAAUUAGUUUCUUUAAAGACGUAAAAACUAUUUUUAAGUGAAUAAAGUUAAAUUUAUAAUGUCUUCUGCUAGCCCAAAACAAGAAAACAGUGAUGUUUCAAAGUUGAAAUCAACUUAACCUCAAUUCAUGUUUACAGUUAUAUUUACGAUCAUAUUUCAAUAGUAAUAAUCAAGGAUUGACAUUAAUUUAUAUACCGUAAAUCAAUGAUAAAGAGUUUUGAAAUUUCAAUGAAUUAGAUCAAAAAGUUUUUAAAUCUAUAAUUUUUUAGUUUUUGUUACUGCACUUGACCAACUGGGAGUUUCAAAUGUUUUUAGCACAUUAAAUGGGUUUGCAGAGAUAACAAUAAACAUUUAGAACUAUAAACAACGUUCAAAUACCAAUAAUUGCAGAAUGAUGUUCAAAAUUCUUGCCUUGACAUUAUUGAGCUUUAUACGUUCUUCUGAUUUAUCAUGUUUGUAUCCUUAUGAAUCUGAAACAAGGCAAACUAAAUCGUUGAAUGGUUUAUGGAGUUUCAAAAUUAUUGAUGAUUCAACGCUGAGGUCCCACCUAAAUGAAAAUGACAAAGAUGUCAUCAAGAUGCCAGUACCUUCCAGUUUUAAUGAUAUAACAACAAAUGCAACAAUCAGAGAUCAUUUUGGACUGGUAGUCUACCAAACCAAAUUCUUUGCACCAACAGCUUGGAAGGAUGGCAACACUCGAAUUUUCGUACAUUUCGGAGGCGUGCACUACAUAUCUUAUGUGUUUCUGAAUGGCGUUGAAGUAGGUACCAACAAAGGUGGACAUUUGCCAUUCGAAAUUGAACUGUCGGCCAAUUUGAAAGUCGGUGAAAACACACUGACAGUCAAUGUCGACAACAUUUUGACUCCAACUUCACUGCCGCAAGGAACAAUCACCAAUGAAAAAACAGAUUGGUCUCUGAAAAACAUUACAACUUACUCGCAUAACUGCGAUUAUUACGACUAUGCUGGAAUCAAUCGUCCUGUAACUUUAUUUACAACUCCAAAGAACCGCAUUUGUCGUGUGUUCGUACAAACUACAUAUCGAGACGAUAUUGAGAUUGGGGUUUUACGAUACUCAAUCGAAGACUGCGAUGGAGGUCGCAGUUCGUGUGCAGUGAGAUUGUUUGAUCAAAACAAUGAGCUUGUCAUAUCCGCGAGUGGCUCUUGCUUUGGAGAUUUGCAUAUCUCUACAAAAGAUCUUCAUCUUUGGUGGCCCAUCAUGUCAAAGCAUAAACCAGGAUAUUUGUAUAAUUUGGAGGUGAAGCUAUUUGGAUACAAUAAGACAGUGGACGUCUACAGGCUACCAGUUGGCAUAAGAAAAAUCACCUGGGAUAGUAAUUCACUAUUUAUUAACAACGAGAAACUUUAUCUGAGAGGAGUAGGAAUGCAUGAAGAUUCAGAUUUGCGUGGCAGAGGGUUUGACAAUGUGAUUCUUGCCAGAGACAUGAAUCUGAUGAAGUGGUUGGGAGCGAACUCGUUUCGCACGUCGCACUACCCUUAUGCAGAGGAAACCCUCAACCAAGCCGAUGCUCUCGGGAUUCUCGUCAUUGUCGAAACUCCCGCCUGUUCCCUUGACCAAUUCGGAGACAAAAUCAAAAGGGAGCAUCAGAGAAUUUUGACGCGAAUGAUAAACCAGCACAAGAACAGACCGAGCGUGAUCAUGUGGUCGCUGGCUAACGAGCCGCUCACCUACAAAAACGAAUCUUCCCAAUAUUUCAGGAAUUUAGUAGAAGCGGCACGCCGUUAUGAUGAAAGCAGACCAAUAACAUUUGUGACAGCGCAAGGCAGCAAAAGCGACAAAGCUGUGAAAUACAUGGACGUGAUAUGCUUCAACAGAUACAAGGCCUGGUAUGAACGUCCCGGAAGGCUUGAAUUGAUCAAAGACAUGAUGCAAAACGAGAUUGAGUCAUGGCAUAAUACUCACAACAAGCCAAUCAUAGUCACCGAAUAUGGAGCUGGCAGUGUGACGGGCUUUCAUAGUUUACCCUCGACCAUGUGGACUGAGGACUACCAGGUGGAUCUACAUAAGGAGCACUUUAAGGCUUUCGAUGAGUUGAAAGGAAAAGGCCUCAGUGGCGAAAUGGUCUGGAAUUUCAUAGAUUUCAAUGUUCCACAAGAAUACAACCGACCAGGGAGAUGUUCCAAAGGACUUUUCACCAGGGAACGACAGCCCAAGGCUGUUGCCCAUGUUGUAAGGGAUCGUUACCAUUUGCUGGCAGAGGAAUCUCCAAAAACUUGCAACAGAGUGUAGUAAAUUUGUUGAAUAAACAUUUUGCGUUUCAUGAAACCACCUCGAUGAAAAGACUGUUUUGUUAUCUAGUACGUCUAAUAUCAUAGAUACCAUACAAUUUAUAGAGUGGACUACAUUAAUAAAAUAAUUACUUGGUAAAA